AUGACGGUUGACCGAAACAUUUCUGAAGAUGGUAAGGAGGAAACUUAUGAGCGGUUGUUUUGCUCUCAGGAAUUAACUACAGGAAUACACGGCUAUUUGAUAUUUCUUUCGGUGUUCAAUUUCUUGCUGGCCAUUUGUUCAUCUCUGGGUAAUAUUCUGAUCCUCAUUGCCCUUUAUAAAGAGACAUCUCUUCACGCGCCGUCCAAACUGUUUCUCAGAUCCCUGGCUACAACUGAUCUCCUCGUUGGUGUCAUUUCUGAGCCUCUAACCAUCACGUACUGGAUUUCAGCGGUGAGAAAACGAUGGGAUGAAUGUUAUAACACGUUUUUUACCAGUAUCAUCGUGGGGUAUCUCCUCUGUGGCAUAUCUUUGUUGACAAUGACUGCAAUAAGCGUGGACAGACUUCUUGCUUUGUCAUUAAGGGUAAGAUAUAAACAAAUUGUGACGCUGAACAGGGCACGAGCAAUCGUUCUUGUAUUCUGGAUUUUUUGUGCUGUAUGCUCCGUGAUGCAUGCGCAUGAUUCUCGUAUCACAACAUGGUACACCCACAUAACAAUACCUGUUUGUUUUGUAACCUCAAUUUUGUCUUACACGACGAUUUUUUGGAAACUCCACCGCCAUGAAAUUCAGGUACGUGGCAACAUUAUCCAACCUGAGCAGUCAAGCAACUCAAGUUCAGGGCCACUGCAUAUUUCUCGAUAUAGGAAGGGAGUGUUCAGUGUAAUGUGCCUACAGUUAGCAGUUGCUGUUUGUUAUCUUCCACAUGGUAUAACUACAGCUUUGUGGACCUAUAGUGGACGGUCAUCGUCUGUUACUGUGCUAAGACAAUUUACAGUAACUCUAGUUUACGUAAAUUCAGCUCUAAACCCGUUACUUUACUGCUGGAAGAUCAGAGAAGUGAGACAAUCGGUUAAAGAUAUAAUCAGAGAAAUACUUUUCUGUUAAUAAAUUACAAGGCUGGGGCCUGGAAGAGCUUAUAGUUAGCUUAUAGAAUUGAUGAUGGCUUAAGCUU